AUGGGCAUUGGUGAUUUAAUUCAACAAGAAAUUGAAUAUCAAUAUCAAGUAUUACCAAAAAGAUAUGACUGGGCUCGUACAGGAAGAAUGUUACUUGUUGGUACCUUGAUGGGCCCUAUGCAUCAUUACUAUUAUGUAUAUUUAGACAAGGUGCUCCCAAGUGCUGAUAUCAAAACUGUGACAAAGAAAAUAAUUUGUGACCAAGUUUUUGCAUCUCCAGCAACUAUUAUAUGUUUCUUCUAUGGAAUGGGUGUAUUAGAAAACAAGACAUUAGGCCUAACUACAGAAGAGUUUAAACAUAAAUUCAAAUAUGUUUACAUGGGUGAUUGUUUGUUUUGGCCCCCAGUUCAGUUCCUGAAUUUUUAUUACCUACCUACACAUUAUAGAGUUUUUUAUAUAAAUAUUGCAACGAUGAUAUUUAAUAUAUUUUUAUCAUUUAUAAAACAUUAUGAUCAACAUAAAUAG